UUGCUUUCAAUUGAAAUUGAAAACACAAGUGAUAACGACAUAAAAAUCCCAAGAAAAUUUUAAUUCCGGUUUCUAAUUUGAUAAGAAAAAUUAUAAGGCUCAGAGUUAUUUUUUUGACAGAAAUAAAGUAGUAAAAAUGGUAGAAAUGUUGAAAAAACUUGUUUUCAUGCGUCUCCAAACUGCUGGCGUAGUUGUUGGCUGGCUCGGUGUGGUAUUCUCCUCUUUGGCCAUCAUUAUUACUGCCUGUGCAGUUGGCCAUUCGGAUAAGAUCGCUGGUGUUAUUUCAAAGACAUUGUUGGACAGAACGGAUCAGGACACACAUGAUUCAAUUCAAACCUUCAUUGUCCUGUAUGGGAGCUUCUACUUGGGUGUGUGCAUUCUCCAUUUUCUGGCAGCAGGCUUUCUUGUCAUCGGUGCAAUGAAGAAUCGACACUUGAUGCUAUUGCCCUGGUUGGUCCUCAAUGCUAUAGACAUUUUUCUGAACGUUUUGUCGUUACUUUUUUCCACAUUUGACACGGACUCGGAAUACUUCCCAUACUUCUUGCGAUUCGUUGCAACGUUCCUCUAUUCGAUACUUUACGUAUACAUAUACUGGGGUAUUGUCUCAUUGUACCACCAUAUUCAAAUGAACAAGGAUGCUGGACAUGAAAUGACUUGCCGCGUAGCAGAACCAUUGCCACAAAAGGCUCCACUCUAUAACGUCUAUAAUAAAAUCUAAAUAUGGGGAAGAAACGUCUCAAGAGCAUGCUUUUGCUGAUAACCCAUGGGGUAUCGCGUCAGUUUAAAAUUACACAACUAUGGAUUCCCAAUAAUAUAUUUUUGAAUCAUCUUUGUAUUUAACAAUUUCAUUACUAAAUGAGCGGCCCACUAUACAAUAUCAUUUUUGCUAUUAAUGUUGUUAUUUUAAACGCAUUUGUUUAGUGAAAUUUAUGCUUUCUAAGUCGAAUGUAAUUGAGAUUAUAUAAUAUUAAAUAUUUUUUUAAUUUCUUUCGAA